AUGGCCGUGCGCCGCACCGUCGCAUUCGCGACUCAGACACUCACAAUCACAGUACCCAAGAACCGACGACCAAAAUUUGAUCUACACCUACGAAUAAUCGAUCUCAACAAUGUACCACUCGUUUCUGGCACCUCAUUCAUAAAAUGGCACCUCUCCCACUCGACGGCCGCUGAGCACCGUGGCCGCACAGAUAGCUGCCAAGUCAAAGACCAUAAAGUCGCCUACAAUUACGACAUCACCCUCCCCGUCCGUCUCACUGUCGACAAGAAUGGCAUGCUGCAGGAGUGUUAUGUCGAAUUGGAGGUUGUGCAAGAAUACGGCCGAGGCUCAGGAAGAGGCGAGCGCAUCACGUUAGGAACUGUCAAGCUCAACCUGGCCGAGUACGUGGAGCAGAGCGAGAUGGCGACCAUCGCGGGCGAGGAACCAGGCGUCACGAGGAGGUACCUCAUGCAAGACAGCAAGAUCAACAGCACGCUCAAGGUCGGAAUAUACAUGAAGCAGACGGAAGGCGACAAGAAUUUUGUUGCGCCUGCCUUGAAGACGGCGCAGGUCUUCAGUGGCAUCGCUGGUAUCAUGGCGGGAGAGCAGGCCGAGCUCGAGGACCACGGAGCUGCGCCCUCCCUGACGAGCAAAUCCCGCGAAGCCGGCGAGCUCCAAGACAUGUACAGACGCACCCUCGCCGCAUACUGGUCCGCACAACCCGGCGAGCUCAAAGCAGACGAAUGCAUCGAAGACAUAUUCGCUGGCGGAGACGGAUGGGGCGACCGCGAGAAACCAUACUCCCAGCAGCCACGAGCUCAGCCCUUGCGAUUCGCAGGAGGCGAUAGCAGCAGCUCUGUGAGUGAGAGCGAGCACGGUCACAUGCGCGGCGGCAGCAGCGCUCAUCACGAGCAACAACCGCCUCUGAAGAUCACAAAACAAGUGACGCCGAUCAAUCGCUUGAGGAAGAGGAAGGGAGAAAAGAUCUUACGAGAAACUUCGCAAGAUCUGGGCGUCAAGCGAUUGGGCGACGAUGCCGAUAUCUUGGUCCUGAGGGAAGUCGGGGAACCAGCACAAAGAGAAGCCACCACAACCACCGAAGCCUCCGAAGAUGCCGAAGUAAUCGAAAUCUCCGAACCUCUCGAGGUCCCAGACAUUCUUGCCUCCCUCGAAGAAGAAGGGAAAGCGCUCGCGCCCGAAGAAAUAUACAAGCAAAUCGAGACCUUGCGACCGAACAACGAUGGCGACCCCAAUGAGCCGCAUCACGUCAAGCAGACUACAUUUGUCAAGCUGAGAAAGAAGCUCAUGAAAGGCUUCACGCAACAGCAAUUGAUAAUCUUCUACUCGGUCGCAAAGAAUAUACGGCAAGAGAAGGUCAAUCAGGGAGUGAUCGACAGCAUCAAACGGAAGGACCAACUAGGAAACCAGAAGCAACCUGUGGAGCGAUCAGAAUGGCAGCCAGGUACUACGCCGAUAACUCAACGCCUGCCUGGCGUUGAUCGUAUUGUCAAGAUCAUGGGCUACCGCAAGAACGUCAGCAAGCAGCUGCUUGUUGAUCGCAUAAUGAGGGAUGUUUGGAAUCUCGUACUCUUGGAAGAAAUUGAAUCCCCCGGAGAGCUAGAGCUUUCUCUGCAACCGUGGCAGGUGGUGCUGCUUAAAGCUGGUGACAAAGACACCCUUUUUGACAAGAUUCGACGGACCCGACGAGUGAGGCUCGACAUGUACAAACCGGAUAACGCCCUCCGCAUCACAUCCGAUAAGACGACAGCAGAGUACGCUGCCAAUGAUAUCGAGGAAGCCUUCCAACACACUGAAUUGAAGCGGAUGAACCUGAACAACUAUUUACGCCAGCUAGCAAAUGGUCCUGUUGCGUUGGAUUCAAAGUCCAAUCUGGUAACUUUGUUUUAUACACAGAAAGACUUUGAUGUCGUCUCGGCUCUGACUCGCACGAGUAUUGAGGCAGUCGGCAAGUCUAUGUUGGUAAUCAGAGGCUUCGACGUGAGCUCCAUAGAAGAGGCAAAAAGGACACUGGUCAGGUUUUUGCCUUUCAAGGAUGCAGCUGAGCGUACCUUCGACACUCAGAAACUAGGAAGUGCCGAGAGUGCAGCGUUCUUGUCGCCGGUUCUUACCGAACACGAUUCUUUCGAAUACAAGUAUCGCAAACGAGAGCUGGGACGUCUGUCAAUGCCUAUCAUGCGGCUCACUGAGCCUGACACUGUCGAAGCUCAGGCUGCGAAACCCGCAAAAGCCCCCAAAACAACACUCCACGGUCUCGUGAACCGGACUCUAGGGACGAUUCUGCGACCCGCUUCUGCUGUGCCAUUGCCUAAACACGAGUUGAGCAAUUGGAUACCGAACCCAACAUACGAGGUCUCCGCCGAAUUUGGCCAGGCUCUAUUCCCUCUCGAAGAUGUGGACCCCAGCCGAGUAGUGGAAGCUGCUCUUUCUGAUCCAUCCAAGGCACCUUUUCUGUCAACAUUCCCAGGACUGAAUAGUGUCUUCACGUCGCCCAACUAUUCUGUCGUUUCGCGCUUGCAAGCACCAUCUUUGCACUACGAAUUUAGACCUGACCUGGAGCACGAGCCAGGACAAAUAUUGCCCAAACUCAGGAUCCAAAUGCGUACUGGUCGCAGUGGUGCCAGAGCCACUUUCCGCAAACUCGCACUGAGCUUCGAUCAUCGUAUCCACGAUGUUUUGCUCCCAGACAAGGCCGUAGAUGUACGAUUUCAACGCCGAGCAAACCUCAGCUUCAACAACAGGGAAUACAAUGACGAGAAUGUACAGGCAUGGGUUGAUGCCGUAACAGACAACAUUGAGAGCGGUGGCCGCCUCACUGCGCCACCUCUCCGCAUCCAGAUCCCCAAGUGGACUAUACCCGGAUUCCCGAGUGAAGAAAAGGGCAUGCGUACCGUCACGUAUCACUUCUCUGGUAUCCAGUUCCGGCAACCGGUGAUUGGAGACCUAUUCGGUGUAGCUGUUUCGUACAAUACUGUACAGUCUGGCAAGCUCGGUGCCAAGGGCAGCGCGCUCACUGCGCAUUACAGUGGCCAUGGCGAUACAGAGUUGCGCGACGAAAGUGCGAUGAAAGCCUUCGUGGAGAGGUGUUUCAAGAUGGCAGACUUGAUCACUGAUGCGAGUAAGCAGACACUUCCUCCGUCUCGAUUAGUUCGCCCUCGUGAUAUGAACAGUGAACGGAAGGCGAAAAGAAUGGCGCUGUCAGGCGAUCGAGCUCAAGCUGUGGAUGAACAGAGCGUUGAGCCGGCGAACGACCUUGUCGAGCGCGUUGGGGAGUAUCCUGAUGUGAAGGACGAUGCCGAGGCGGAAGGGAACGCUGCAGCUGGUAAGGAUGUGGCAGAAGAGCAACCUGUAGACGGAGAGAUGGAGUCACGAUCUGACGACUCUGUUGCCGAAAGCGAAGAUAACGUUCGCACUUUGUAG